GCCGUCGUGUACACUUGGCGGUCGCGUCUUGCCGUUGACCAUGCGUGCCUGCGUGCGUUGCGUUCCGCCCAGGGCCCCCGACGUGGCCGUGCUGCUCUUCGCCGUCGUCGUCGCCCUGCUCAUCGCCCUCGAGGCCCCCGCCGUGCACGCGGCCGGCUCGGGCCCCUGCCAGCACCGCGCCAAGCGGACCACGGAGGGGACGUCGUCGACCUCGCCGACGGCGCCGUCCAGCCCCGUGGACGCCAUCGCGACGACGGGGUUCGCGACGUCGCCGGGCGUCGCGGACGAUGUUAGGCAAGACGUCCCCGCCGACGAUGUCGUGCCAGACGUCCUCGUUGACACGGCGUCGACGUCCAUAACGACACUGCAGCCGGCGUCCACGGCGGCGGGGCUCUCCGCCGACACCAUGGCAGCGCCAAGCGGAGGCGACGCUCAGCACUUUGAUGACGCCGUUCCCCCGGCCGCACCCCAAGCUCACCCGGACGGCCCCGCGAGGGUGCCCGUCGAGAGCACCGCGACGACGGAGACGCGGCAGGGAGCGUCCCUGGAGCCAGCACCUACGGCCGUGAGCGUCACCGUCGACGACAACGUGCUCGUCGGAGACCAGGCGGCGUCUCUGGCUGCAGACGACUACGCGGUGACGGCGCCUCACAAGCGCCACCCGUCUCCAGCACCUCCAGCGGCCAGGUCGCCGCCGGCCGUGGCGGCCAGCACCACCUCCAGGGCGGCCAGGCUGCAGGAAGAGCGCGCGCGCCGCCUGGAGAAGAUCCAGCGCGACUUGCUGGAGAGGAAGCACCGCCGGGCGUCCAGGAUCACGACGACGACCGAGCCGCCGGCUCACUACGACGACGACGACCUGAACCACGGCCUGGACGACGACCUGGAGGACUUGCUGCGGGAAGACGACGGGGACCUGGAUGAGCCAGAGGAAGCCCCGCAGGACAAGCGACCCUCGAGGCCAGGACAGCGCGGCCAGGACCCGAAACAGAAACAAGACAAGGCGGGCGGCGACCACCGCCACGCCGCGCCACCGCUGGACAAACACGAGGACGCCGUGGGUGGCAGGGCGAGCCACCGCGCUGAUCCGGAGGGCAAACAGGGCCGGCGGAAGGACGGGCGGCGGCAGGACGGGCACGGCCACGGGCAGGACGGGCACGGCCACGCGCAGGAUGGACACGGCGGGCAGACGCGCGCGUCGCGCCGCGGACAGGAUCAAGACCGGCGAAAGGCGGCGCGGCGCAGGGACUCUGACGAAGACCCCUCCAUCGAGGACAACUCGCUGACGGACGGCAGCUGGGACGACGCCCACGGCCACGACGCGGACCUGGGCGACUGGGGAGGCCUGGUGUGCCCCCGGUCCGGAGAGGUGUCCCUGCUGUCCAGGCAGUGCCAGACAGACCGCGACUGCAAGGGCGUGGGAGAGCAGUGCUGCAAGGACCGGCUGGGCCUGCGACGCUGCGUGCUGGGAGUAGCGCCCACCAUGCCGGACAUACCCCACGAGCCCUUUUUCGGGGUUGUCGCGAGAAUCUGUCCCAACCCAGUGGAUACUUUGGUCGAGCCAUGGUCCAUUACCAAUUGUACGAAUGAUGACGACUGCUGGCCUAGAGUGUGUUGCGUGGACGGACCAUAUGCAUACUGCAGAACACCUCAAUUGGAAUGGGAGAAGCUCCCAGGACAAAGAUUCGUCGCUCCACUUCGUCUCCUGAUGUCGUAUCUGCAAUGCACACCUCCACCCCCUCCCGUAUUUGACCUUUUCCCAAAGUCUUGUCGGAAUACUCUCGACUGCUUUCCAAACCUUUGCUGCCAGGAGAGAGGACGCAAAGUGUGCAGACCUCCAAAACGGUCACUUCUAGCAUUAUUAGCCACUAUUGGUCAGGGUGCGGGUUACUUCACAUCUCAACAGAUGAGGCACCACUGAUCCUUUGAAACCCUUCGCCAAUGCUUUAAAUUUACUACUAAGACUUAGUACAAAUAUACAGAUUUAAGUUAAUUUAGGGUAAGCUGUUAUAUGGACUGAACUAGUGAUUAAGAAAAUAAAUGAUGCAGAAUUGUCUUGAAAGUCAAAUAAUGUAAUUAACAAUGUUCCUCUAAGUGUAAAAAUUGUUCAAGUUUGAAAUAUAACCAUGUUGAAAAAAGA